CCGCACACAGUCAGGAUAAACAUGUCAGACACGGAGACGAAACCUUCCAAUCAGGACGGAGGCGACAAGAAAGAUGGAGAGUACAUCAAACUAAAAGUGAUCGGUCAGGACAGCAGUGAAAUCCACUUCAAGGUGAAAAUGACCACACAUCUAAAGAAGCUGAAAGAGUCUUACAGCCAGAGACAGGGAGUCCUGGCGAGCACGCUACGGUUUCUUUUUGAGGGACAGAGAAUCGCAGAUAACCAAACCCCAAAAGAGCUGGGCAUGGAGGAUGAGGACGUCAUCGAAGUUUAUCAAGAACAGACCGGCGGACUUUGGAAUCAUUAAAGCCACAAUUUCUGAUGUUUU